UUUGGGACUGUUGCUUCAAAUGGACAGAAGUCACAUUCAUAGACAGACCAGUAAGACAGAUACCUGCAGAACCUCAGAUGCAUAAUGAAGGACAGCUUUGAGCCGACAGUGAAAUUAAAGCUGGUGAAUGUCGGCUCCAUGGCACAACCCCAGGCCAAACCACAGCAGAGAGAACAGUGGGCCAGUAAGCUAGAGUUUUUUCUGGCUGUUGCAGGACAUAUCAUUGGUCUGGGAAAUGUGUGGAGGUUUCCUUAUCUGUGCUACAAAAACGGAGGGGGAGCCUUCUUUGUUCCAUACAUACUGUUCCUAUUUUCCUGUGGCAUACCUCUCUUCUUCUUGGAGACAUCAUUGGGCCAGUACACUAGCCAAGGUGGCAUCACAUGCUGGAGGAAAAUUUGCCCUCUUUUUGAAGGACUGGGAUAUGGUAGCCAGAUUGUGAUCCUGUAUACUGGAGUUUAUUACAUCAUUAUUCUGGCCUGGGCAUUUCUCUACCUGUUUUUUUCAUUCAGUUCAGAGCUCCCAUGGGCAAACUGCAAGAAUAGCUGGAAUACAGAGUACUGUAUGGAGUUAAUCAAGAACAACAAUACUGAUAAUAUUCCAGACAAAAUGACAUCACCAGUUGUGGAAUUUUGGGAGAAGAGGAUUCUGGGUUUGUCUAGUGGUAUCGAAGAAAUCGGUAAUGUGAGGUGGGAACUGGCUCUGUGUCUCUUGCUUGCCUGGACCAUCUGCUACUUCUGUGUGUUUAAUGGCGUGAAGUCUACAGGCAAGGUGGUUUAUUUCACUGCUACCUUUCCUUACUUGAUGUUGAUGGUGCUGCUUGUGCGUGGACUGACACUACCUGGAGCAAUUAGUGGUAUCAAAUUUUAUCUCUACCCAGAUCCUACUCGCCUCACAGACCCUCAGGUGUGGAUGGAUGCAGGAAGCCAGAUAUUUUACUCCUAUGGAGUAUGCACGGGAACUCUGACAGCUUUAGGAAGCUAUAAUAAAUAUGAUAAUAACUGUUACAGAGACUGUCUAUACUUGUGCUUGCUAAACAGCAUGACUAGCUUUGUGGCUGGAUUUGCCAUUUUCUCUGUACUGGGCUUUAUGGCAGAUGAACAGGGAAUGGACAUUUCAAUGGUGGCAGAGUCAGGUCCUGGGCUGGCAUUUAUUGCUUACCCACGUGCGGUGGCAUUAAUGCCUCUCCCUCAGUUAUGGGCAGUUUUCUUCUUCAUUAUGAUCCUUUUCCUUGGACUAGAUAGUGAAUUUGUUUAUCAUGAAGCCUUGGUAACAGCGAUCUCAGAUAUGUACCCUUCAUUCUUCCAAAACGGACACCGGCGUAAAAUCCUCCUUCUCCUAAUCUGCAUAGUCAGCUUCCUUGUAGGUCUGCUGAUGGUAACAGAGGGUGGGCUGUAUGUCUUCCAGUUAUUUGAUUACUAUGCUUGCAGUGGAAUGACUUUGCUGGCCUUUGCCAUUCUUCAGUCCAUCUGUGUUGGAUGGGUUUAUGGUGCAGACCGUCUGUAUGACAACAUUGAAGAUAUGAUUGGCUAUCGUCCCUGGCCCCAUAUGAAACUCUGCUGGAAAUAUUUGACCCCUAUUAUUUGCAUAGGGACAUUUGUCUUCUCCUUGGUUAAGUACACUCCACUGAAGUUGAAUAACUUAUAUGAGUACCCCUGGUGGGGUUAUGCUCUCGGGGGCUUCUUUACACUCUCCUCUACCAUGUUGAUCCCUUUGUGGAUGGUGUAUGCAUUUUACAAGACCCCUGGCUCCAUAAUUCAGAGAAUGAAAACCCUGUGUACUCCUGCUGAAGAUCUGCCUAAUCCUAAAGCACCUAAAGGUGUCCUUGCUUCUUCCACUUUUGAGACCUUCACAGAUCUGCAGACUUUACGCCAAAACUCUGAAGUGGAUGUAUGACCUUUCUGCAUUAUCAAAACACACACACACACACACACACACACACACACACACUCUGCACCAGGCUGCCUAUCACACAUCAUGGUUAUUAUCAUUAUUGUUUAUUAUCAUUAUUAUCAUUAUUAUUUUAUAGCCAUUAAUCGCUUAAUAUGAGAGGAUAUAUUUAUUUAUUUACAUUUAAACUGUUUCUUUUGUACACUGUUACUAAUAUAUUGGUAUACAGUAAACAAUCUAUGUGAACAGAAGAGGAGAUACUUUAUGUUAAACCAAUGCUGACAUAACACAAAGCUUUGUGUGAACCAUAAUUAAUCUUUUUGCUUAGUAUUUAUGAUUGUUAAGAUUUAGGUAAUUGUAUGUGAUAGGCUGGAUUUAUGUGGAUGAUUGUGUUGCACAAGGAUAGUAUUAGCUGUAUGUUUUACUCAUGAUUGUAUUUUUAUGAGAAUGUAUACAUUUAUAAAUAGACCUGCUCCAUAGCAUUGGAAAUCCAGCCUACACUGCAAAAAAACAACAUCUUAGCAAGUAAC